AUGACAAACAUCUGCCAGCAGAUCGCCAGAUCUCUUCUCAUGAGAUGUCUGGGAAUGAUGGAAGGCGAAGCAUCUACCAGGGAAUGUGAUGAUUAUAUGACAAUUGGAGAAACUUUGGCAAGAAAUGCCGCAGGAGACCAUCCGGGAGCUUUAUCAGUCUAUGCCACGCCGUGUGGCAGCUUGCAUCCAGCUCUCCCUGCUCCAUCUUCCGUAACAGUUAUAGCAGAGACAGCAUCAAGUCUUGAAGUAAAAUGGACAAUGGAUCCGAGGGGAAGGAUGAAAACUAAAGGUUUCGUGAUACGCCACAAGCGUGAAUAUGGGCAGUGGGAAGAAACUAAAACAUCCUCCAAAGCGAACUCUUUUACCCUGCAGAAUCUACAGUGUGGCACCAAAUAUUAUGUUUAUGUAGCAGCUAUAGGAAAAAACGGAGAGGGAGAACCUAGUGAAGUAGUUACAGCUAAAACUGAAGGAAGUGCUCCAAUUGCUCCGCAUAAGGAUUCAUUUAUUGUGGCCAAUUCUACAUCACUCACAGUGAACCUGAGAACAUGGGAAGAUGGUGGAUGUGGCAUUAAAUCAUUUGUGGUGCGUUAUAAGCGGCUCCAUACUACAGAUUGGAGGAUGGCAGCCAGUUCCAGCAGUCAACAGCAAGAAAAAGUCAUCAUCAGGGACCUCAGUCCAGGUACAUGGUACAGCAUUCGUGUGACCGCUCACAAUGUAGCUGGAUCUACAGUAGCAGAAUACGAAAUAGCUACCCUUACUCUAGAUGGAGGUACCGUUGCUCCCAUUUUAGUGCUUGAAAGCAGAGAAUCCAUCAACAUUUGGGAAGAUGUGAAUAUUAUAGUUCCUAUUGUAGCGGCUAUUAUUGCUCUUACUGUCGUCAUAGGAGUUGCCGUAUGCGUCUGUGUCAAAAAACGACACGGAGGAGAUGAUUAUUACGAAAGACGUGGUGGUAACUCCAACACAGCACCUCUGAUGCCAAAUCAACCAGUGAAGAAAUCAACAGAUAGUAAUAACGCUCCUAUUCGUGAAACUUCAAUGUACCAAACAUGUGGUCCUAAAACUACUUUACCCACUGGAAAUCAAGAUCAAACAUCAGUGGCGGAACAAGGACAUUACUACGAGGAUGACAUCGCCCCAUACGCUACGUUCCGCCUUCCAGGAUGCGAGUCGGACACCGAGAGUUCGCAUGGAACAGUCCGAGAGCUUCAGACUUUCGGACACCAACAGUACAUCAGAAGAUCUUACCCGGACCACUCAACGGCUCAUCUACAAGAGCAACUUAUACUAAGACAGGAAGUCGAUCGAUAUCAAAAAAUUGUCGAGUGUCCAACCUAUGACGAGAACUGUCAAUCCUUCCGUCCGUCCAUUGGUGUAUAUAGUGAACCCAAGUUUCCAACAGAAAGAGAAGACUGUGAGGAAGAAGAAAGCAACCGAGAGAAAAGGCGACAACAUAAAGAACUCUUACAGAGAUGGAUGUGCCUCAUUGAACCUUACUGGACAGGGGAGACCAUCGAAAGUGACGUCGAUGCUGAAUUCGAAGGGUCAGAUCUCGUUGAGGGUCUCCUCCUAAAGCAAGAAAUGUCUGAGGCUGAAUGCGACUGGGACAGAAACGAAUGUUACUGAUGCUGACGUAUCACAUCAGCAUUGGAAUAAUUAGCCAGCUAACUCCAGCAUUCGUAAGCUGAGUGAAAAGAGAUCCAAAUCCGAGCUACAACAGGAAAGAAUGUGAAACCGGUGCUGAAAUAUGCCAAAAAUGACUUGAAAAGUUCGAGCAAGAACAACAAAACAAACUAUUUCAUAAGAAUUAAAACGCGCAAUACCAGGAAUGAAAACUUCUUCGUGACGCAAUUUUUUCGCAAACAGUACGAUUAGAAAGUACUUCUGGUGAUUCAAUUGAAAAACAAAAUCUACAACAACUCUGGGUAUUGCAAAAAAAAAUGUUUUAUAUUUUUAAUUCAAAUAAGUUACAAAAAUAGAAAUUAUUUUAAUUUGCUGAGUUGAUUUCCUCAAAAUAAAAUGUUGGCGGUGUUGUAUAAAGUAUGUUUAGGUAUUUUAUAAAAAGAGAAUUUAUUACAGUGUUCUACAAGUUCUGCAAUUAAAUCUAAAUGCAGAUGAUUGAAUAAUUAGAAUUAAUUUCCCUGACUGAGCGUUGAUAAAUUGAUUCCAGUCAUAAAAACUAUUAAAAAAUGCUGCAGAUAAUUAAAGAAUAAAUUUUGGACUAAAACAUACUUUGAGCUGUAAUGUUUUAAUUAUAAUGUUCACUUUAAACAAUUUAAACAGAGUUCAGUAAAAAGAAUGUGUUGUACUGAAGACAUUUACGUUGAGAUGUGUCUUUCAAACGCGCCACGAGUUUGAAUGUAGCGAAAAACUGUCUUUUGUUCCUGGUCAAUUGCGCAUCUUGGGUAACUGAGAACAGUUAAACUGGACAUGAUUCUUUUGAAAGUAAAGGGAAACUAACUUUUUGGACACUCCCUGAAAUCGACAUGCCGAUAUUUGUUUCAGAAUCUGUCGAUUACUUCGACGAGAUUCGAUACUACUGUGAUUAUUAUGCUAUCAUUAAAUUUGAAUUCAUGUAUAUCAAAGACGGGAUUAUGUGCUGUGUAAAUAAAUACGUUUACUUAUUGUUAACAGUUUAAUAUAAAAAUGUUGUAACUGUUGCUAUCUCUGUGUGAGAAGAUGAAUAAACCCUCCAAUGGUCGAUGACUGGAUCAAGAAA